AUGAACAAGUCAGCAGUGUUAUAUCUCUGCGGCAUACACAAACCUAUUGAGUGUGGAGCAGGUAAACAACAUGAAGCAAGCACCAGAAGCUAUUUCCAACUACUUCAAGGGAAAGAUGUCAACAUAAAUGCCCACUCACUUGUUAAUGAAACAUUGUGGAUUAUAAUAUUGGGAACAAAGUACAAAGUAGGAGCUGUUGUUCAGCAUGGAUUUCUGCAUCUGCUACCAACAUUUUCAGUUAUAAAGAAAAUUGUUGUUGUUGAUGGUGAAUUAAACAGCUGUUUUUUUAUUCUUGAAAGACUACAUACUAUAGAGUUCAAUGAACAUUACCAUGCAUAUAAGGUGGAGAAGCCUAUUGAUAUAAGUUUAGGUAUUUGCACACAAGAAGAACUUGUAUCUUUUAUGCCAAUGCAUUACACAAAUCCUGUAAAUUCCAAUGGAUCCUUUGUGAAUAUUAAAUAUGACGUUGAUUUAUAUCAGCAUGAGUAAGAAUUAUUAAAAUGGAUUUAUGUACAAUAUAUUUUUAUGUGUGCAUAUCCUG